AUGUCGGGAAUAGUGGAAAAGCUGAAGGACAUGAUGGGUGACGAGGACGAGGAGGACAAGAAGGACAAAAAGGACAAGAAAGACAAAGAUCACAAGAAAGGCAAAGAUCAUAAAGAUGACAAAGAUGAAGGGAUGAUGGAUAAAAUCAAGGACAUGAUCACGGGUGAUAAAGAUGACGAUAAGCAUAAGAAAGAUGACCAUAAGCACAAGGACAGCAAAGACCACAAGGAUGAAGGGAUGAUGGAUAAAAUCAAGGACAUGAUCACUGGUGAUAAAGAUGACGAUAAGCACAAGAAAGAUGACCAUAAGCACAAGGAACGCAAAGAACACAAGGAUGAAGGGAUGCUAGAUAAGAUUAAAGACAAGAUCCACGGGGAUGACGAUCGUGGCCGCGACCGUCGUCGCGAUAAUAGCCGUGGUCGCGAUAGCAGUCGUGAUCGUGAGCACCAUCGUGAUCGGGACCGUGAUAGUGAUCGUGAAAGCGACCGUGAUAGCGAUGGUGGUAGUGAUGACGAGAAGAAGAAAAAGAAGAAGAAAGGAAAAAAGAAGAAACACGAUGGCAGCGGUAGUGAUGAUGAUCAUUAG